GUCGACGGCCGUGCUGUUUACAUACAACCAGGCGUCGGGAGAGCGCCUCACUGUAUGCAAUCGUUUGAAUCGUUGGAGUCCCGGAGUGUGUCGUUAGUAAAAGUACAUUUAAAGUAAUGUUGCGUCGUCGUCAUUAUUUAGUGCAGUGCGAGAUUCCAAGCCGUAAGGUCGAGCGAGUUCUUCCCUGCUGCCGCAGUUCAGUUGAUAAGCUAAAGGUUCUAAGCUGCCGGAUCAGAUCAAGCCAACAAAGUGAAUGUUAGCCGAAAGGGUUGCCUCCAAUUACACAACCGUAUCUCCGGUUUUUUUUGGGACCAUUUGUUCCCGGAACGAGCAUCGUGAAUGCAUUUUCGAUCUGACCGUCAACCGGUGCGGUAAUCUGUUUGGGGACACCCUGCUCUGAAUCAAUUUGCUGAGAUACAUGAUAGUUUGCCACCGCCGAAGUCAGUUCUCUUUAAUCGGUAUCCUUCGUGGGCUUUAUCGACUGACUGACUGACUGACUGACUAACUGACGAUGAUGACGAUUUUUACUGGCCCUUGCUAUCAGUAAAGUGAGCGAGAAGUGAUUUACAAAACUGGCAUCGAACUGAGAUUUUGCCAUCUCCCGUCGUAGUAAGUGCCGGUCUGUGUUGGUUUGUGUUCCACGUCCGCAUCCGCCAGUGUCUAUCUCUCUGUGUGCAUGUCGCGUGUGAGUAUUACAUAAUUGGUGUCCUUGUAAUCGCAAUUUUAUCGACUAACUGACAAACCGUUUGAAAUCAAGCUUACAAACAGUGACUCCCAGUGAGGAAAAUAGUUCUAUCGAAGUGACGCCUGCAAGGUAGGCCACCCGAAAGUACCAGUCUAUCGGUGUGAAAUGAAAGAAAAAGGUGCAACCCAAGUGAAGUGAUCUGUCUCUCUCUCUCUGAUAGCGAAACAAAAUAUCCGUUGUGAGUGUUGAGUGUUAGGGUUAUAAAAAAUUGAGGUAAAAAUAAAGUCCCGGAAGAGCCGCCGCAAGGGCAUCCCAUUGAGGAAAGGGACCGAGGAAAACCUCGCCGGUUUGUCUGCGAAAACCACGCCAUCAACGCCAACGGUUGGUGUAGGCUUCGAGUACCACCAGGAAAACACCACCACCACCACCACCAGCAGCAUCGCUAGUGACAACCGUGUGAAAAACAAUGGAGAUUGUCAACUGAGCCCAUCAUCAUCCAGCACCCCAAGGUUUCUGCAACGGCAACAACAACAGCUACAACAACAACAACAACCACCAGAACAACAACAACAACAAGUCCUUCCCAACAUGUCCUCACCGUCGGCGGUACCACUGUACGCCGGCCGCUAUCAAACGCCGAACGGUUAUCCACCGAUGAACGGGGAACCGGCGGAACCGCUCGACUUCCGUAAGGUCGAAUCACUUCGCAGGAACAGUACUGACACAGGAACAAUGGACCAGCAGUACUGUCUACGCUGGAACAACCAUCAGUCGAACCUGACAACCGUGCUCACAACCCUGCUGCAAGAUGAGAAACUGUGUGAUGUCACGCUCGCCUGCGAUAAAGGAAUUGUCAAGGCACACCAGGCGAUACUGUCGGCGUGCAGUCCGUACUUUGAGCAGAUCUUCGUCGAGAACAAACACCCGCAUCCCAUCAUCUAUCUGCGCGACGUGGAGGUCAGUGAAAUGCGCGCCCUGCUCGACUUCAUGUACCAGGGCGAGGUGAAUGUUGGCCAGCACAACCUGCAGAACUUUCUCAAAACGGCGGAAAGUUUAAAGGUACGGGGCCUCACCGAGAGCAGCGCCGACCGGUAUCCGUCCGAGUCCGACAAAAGUAGAGCGGAGCGAACGCGAGGCGAUUCUCGCGAUGGCCGCGACUCUGUACCUCCAGCCAGUGUCACCAACAACAACAACAACACCAUCAGCAGUAAUAACAACAACAAUAAUAAUAACAACAACAACAAUACUCUCCACCACGCCACGCUGCGGGAAAAGGAACUACGCGAGCGGGAAGAGCUGCGGGAACGGGAACGGCGGGAGGUACAGCGGGAACUGCAACGGGAACGGGAACAUCAGGUGCGCGAACAGCAGCGCAGUGCCAGUGCCGAUCUGCUGACGCCGCUCGGCGGUGGUGGUGGUGGUUGUGGUGGCGACGAUCGCGACUAUUCGCCCUCAACGGACGACCGGGAAAUGACAGUAGACAGUAAGAAAAAACGUAAAAUGUCCAGCAUCUGUGAUAAUUCUUUGCCCUCGACACCGAGUCUGAUCAACGAUCGGCAAGGCGGAUAUGAAUCGCAGGCGUCAUCACACAGUAGUUUCAAGCUAAGUCCAAAGCCAGACGAUGAGUUUAAGGGCAGUUCACCGGCCCCGGUGCAUUCGCUGACCGGUCAUUCGAUAAUUCAGUCUAGUAUUAAGCAGGAGUUGCCCGAACUGCCCGGCCGCCAUCACUCGCUACCUCCAGAGUUACUACAGCCCCUUAAGAUGCCAAUGUAUCCGGAGGAGAUGUCCAGCUUGCUGACACCCUCCAGUCCGGGGAAUGAUCACCCACCACCACCACCGCACUCGUCACACCCACAUCUGAACCAUAUCCGUUACAAGUCGAAACAUCCCAUGCCAAUGAAUCUGAACUCGGAGGAAAUGAGCAACAUGCUAGCGCAGGGUAACUUGCCCCCGCUGAGCGAGUCAGGUGACGGUGAGGGUCACCUCUCGCAUCCGGACCACCCGGAUAACAUCGAUGGCUCGAAGGCCUGGCAUAUGCGGCUGACCUUCGAACGUCUCUCGGGCGGCUGUAAUCUGCAUCGCUGCAAACUGUGCGGUAAAGUGGUGACGCACAUACGCAACCACUACCACGUGCACUUUCCGGGCCGAUUCGAGUGUCCGCUGUGCCGGGCGACGUACACCAGAAGUGACAACCUGCGUACGCACUGCAAGUUUAAGCAUCCGAUGUUCAAUCCGGACACGCGCAAGUUCGAUAACAUGAUGUCCCCGGCGAUGGCGUCGCAGGCGGCCGCAGCGGCUGCUGCCAUCUCGGCGGCUGCGGCAGCUGCCAACAGCUUCAAGUCAGACUUCUCCGCAGCAGCCGCCGUGGCGAACAGCUUCAAAUCCGAGCUGAACGCAGCAGCCGCUGCAGCGGCGGCGAACGCCAACUACGGCCUGAACCCAUUCAAAGCCGACUUUCCCAUUCCGAAUGCAACGGCUGCGGCAGCCGUGGCGGCUGCAGCGGCAGCUUCCGCCGCUUCCUUAUCUCCUGGUCUGAACUCACAAAGCGGAACGUCCGACUGAUAUAGAAAACAUUGGCCGCCUGCCUACGGCCAAUCACAACCACACUCUAGCAGAGGGAGUAGUACCGAGUAUGGCUACUACCACCAACAGCACCAGCAGCAGCAGUACCCAUCACAACAGCACUACAGUAGACGUCACAGUAGUAAUAACAUCCAGUACGCUAGCGAUAGCGGCUUAGAAAUAGAUAGUUCCUCUGCAGUAGUCACCAACCAAUAUACCGACCUGGUAUCAACAACCAAUGUACCUGUUAGCGAUCGCGCGGCGGCCGUCGCACGAUCAUCCACCAUGCUGGCGGCUAGCAUCUCACCGUCUUACUUGGACAGUCUUCGCAGCGAAGGCAACUGGAAGAAUCUCGAGAACGGUCAUAGUCUCUACGGUAGACGUAGCAGUAGCGUUGGAAAUCUUUAUACUAAUAGCAUUAGCGGUGGCGGCGUGGGCGGUUUCUACGAGCAUCGUGAACACGAUGACGACGGCGAUGACGACGAACUGGGCGACGUCCACCGCCACCGGGAGAAACGUUCAGCCGCCGACGGUGUUCGUCAUACCGUGGGCGGCUGUUCGACACCGGCGGUGGUGGUGGUAGCUCGUUCCCCUCAUCCUCAUCAGCAACCAGCUGCAUCAUCAUCAUCAUCAUCAUCCCCCCGUCUUCUUCUUCGUCGUAGUGGAGAUGGAGGAACGAUGGAACAGGAAGAGAUGCGACAACAGCCGCCGGCCAAACUGUCGUCGAACGUGUCGGUCACGUAAAGGCAAAUCGGAAUCAGGAGUUUAGUCUUUCGCUCGGGAAGAACAAUUGAUACAGCCAACACUAAAUAUUAUAUUUGUUAAUUUUUUAACAGAGGCCUUGCUUGUUUUGUAAUUUUACUUUAGUGUAUAUUUUCGUUUUUUUUCUGUUUCAUUUCAAAGUAUUUUAUAUCACACAAUAAAAAGAACGUAUAAUUUUUGUUAUUAUAGAUCAAAUUUUCUCAGCGAAAAAUUAUGAUAUCGUUUACCAGCAAACUGAGCCGUUAAACAAUGUACCAAACCUUUGUGUUCGUUUUUCCGCGUAAAAAUUAACAACUGUGCCACAGGGUGUCGCCAGCGGAAACCAACGCUGGUUUCGCGUAGCGAAUCAGAAAUUCACAAUGCAUCUUCCCGAAAACAAAAUGUGUGCUCAACCCCAUCUCAUCAACCAUAUUGUUAAUCUACAAAACUGAUUAGCAGUUGUGUUAAUCUAAGCAAAAGCCGCGUACGAUACUGUAAACAUGAUUUGUAUACAACUAUUCUCUAGAACCACCUAACGAUAACCGAAACACACAAAAAUUCAAACAACAGAACAUAUAAUCAGUAGUGAGCCCACCUAGAACUAGCACUGAGGUUAUUUUUCCAAUUAUCCAAGUAGAGUUUCUGAUUCAGUUUUUCCCUCUUACCUUAUUCAAAAAAAAAAAAACCGAAAAAUUAUAGUGAGAUUAUAGACUGUAGACACAACCAGGAACCAGCAGAGCUUACAACUGUUUUUUGUUGUCCAGCAUCGAUAACAAUGCAUUACAUCUAUUGUUUAGUUUAUCUAGUCGAUCCGAUACUUGCGUACUGCCUCUAGUAUAACCAGCCAGUUUCAAUCGUUAGUAUAAGCAUCAGCUAGUUGAUAAAGGACCUUUCCUAUUAGAAGCAGUACUUACAUUAUGCGAUUUUUUUUUGUCAUUGAAUGUCCUCCAUUUUCUACGAUGUUAAAGUUGUUUCAAGUGAUUAUUAUAAUAUUUCAGGAGAUUUUAUAGGAAUAAACAAAACCGACCUCACACAUCAUAUCGGCCGGUCGGAGUUUUGUUAAUUGAAUUAAGAUCGAAAUCGAUGGCGGCUCCGGAUGGAUUGCACAUACCGCCAUCGUGCGUAGUUGAAAUUGUAUUACAUUUCGACGAACCGGUUGAAUUCGGAUAGGUUCUAGUUCAAUCAGUUUUUAGAUGAAAUACAGCCAGAAUCGGUAGUUCCAUUUGAGCCGAAAUUCUGAUUUCACCAGACAAAAUAUUAAUCCAAAUUAUGAUACUUCUUUUUCCAAUCCAAAGAAGAGGAGUACAACAGAAUUACGAAUAGGCGAAAUAGUUUCUGCCAGAAUUCAAAUCAAAAUUCUAGUUCAAAUUGUAAAAACUACUGAUAUAAUCUAAACUCGCUUAGACAAUUUGACAGUUCAAGCGAAAGCUACAUAUUAAGAAUAUUGAUAUCUCUACCCUUCUCCAAAACCAAAGAGAAGUGACAGAGGAAGGUCAAUGUAACAGUAAAUAUGUGUGCGCGCAUCACCUUGGAAAGUACCACCUUUACCCGGAAGAGGUGUUACUGUUACUGUCGCCAGAUUCUGAACAGAGUUGCCAGCUUUCUUGAUAUGUAGUCUUUGAUUAAACGUUACAACCGGAUUGUUUGUUUUGACUAAUUCGAGCGACGUUGACAUUGACGAAUGUCAGGGAGUAGAAUGAUUAAUCAGUGUACAUUUCAACGCUGUUAAUCGAUCGUGUUUUGUGGGCUGUGAGCCUCGAAUCGAGUGUUGACUUAAAAAUCUAUAAAAGAAGCUGUCGAACAAUUGACGUAUUCAUCAGUGGGUGAUCCAAUCGACUUUAAAGACUUGAGCCGAUUCCCAGUCAAAAAGGGCAAGUUGCUGGCUAACGGGAGGCUAUUUGCCAACUCGGAUGCGCUAAUUGUCCUUCAAUUUGUCGGCAAGUUGCUGGCAAUUAGGGGGCUAUUUCAAAUGCAACAUUUGGGCGAUUUGCCGCCGCCAUUUUUUUGGCCGCUCUACCCGCCGCUAAAUCGCCCAGGGAACGCGUCAUUUAAUCGCCCUUAAUUGCCUAAUAUGAAAAUUACAAAUAAUAUUUAUUUUCGGUUUCAUUAUCUACUCACAUAAACUUAUCAGUACACUAGGUAAUCGCCACAAAAUUAUCGGAAGAAUCAAUGGUGAAAUUGGUAUUGCACACCAAAACUUACCAUAAUCUGACUUUCAUUAAGACUUUAGGUCAGAGAUCUUGUUCCACUAUACUUACACACGAUUCCACAAUUUCCCACAUUCGUUGGCUAAAUGAAGUGCACUAGACAAACAAAAUACAAGCGACAACACGCGAUUUGUUAAAAAAAAACAAUUUUAAGCUUAAGCCAAUCAUGAAUCGCCAUGUUUGAAAAACGCAAAAAUAACCAAUUCCUUUUCAGCCGCCAGAAAAUUUGUCUAAGUGUUGAAAUUGCCUUUAAAUCGCUUUCGCAAAUUGCAUUUGUUCCUAGGGGCAAUUAGCACAGGCGAGUUGAGUUAAACGUCAAACUGUUUAAAUCGCCUGACCAUGUUCGUCCGCAUUUUUUUUUUUGACAGGGUAAGCAUAACAGUGCCCUUAUAGAAAAAUUCAAACGAAUGCCAGCUAAUCUUAAAUCAAAUCGUACUUUUCCAGGUUGCUUCAACGCAAAAAAUAUCUUUUUUGUGUUUAAGAUUUAACAUCCAAUGAAGUAAACAUGGUGUAAUUUCAACAAAUAAAAACAAAAGAAUCAAUAGAAAUCAAGUUCGGCGAAUCUGUCACUCACGGCCGACAGAAAAUACAGCAGAAAUCUGUCAGCUACAUUUUGAUAUGAUUGACAGCUCCCUGGAUUGUGUUGGCUGUCAAAAAUGCAAUCCCCGAGCAUGAUGGGAUUGUUAGGGGUAGUAAAGGGGAAAGCCCAUGCAAAGUUCAUGGAAUCUUCCGUGAUGCCAGUUUAUAUUUAUUGUUGCUAAUCUGGUUCGCAAAAGAGAAAUUUGCUUUCAGCUGGACUUCGGAAUUGAUUUCGAAUUAUUUCGGUCAAGAUUGAAAUGGGUACUAAAUUCAGGGUCAGCAUUUACGGCGAAAUUCAGAUGAGUUCUAGCUAAUCAACAAUCGACCGUAUAUUCGCUGCAAAAUAAGUGAUUUAAAAUUUGGACACAACAAACAAUGGCAAACAGGCAAAGCUCAAGAACGGCGAAUCUGUCAUCCAUUUUAGGUACAGCCUUCAAGAGCCAGUGAACACUAUAUAAUGAUUGAAUGCUAGAAACGGCGAAAUAAUGUACCAUUGGAUUCAAAGAUUGACAGCCCUUUUUCUGCAUUACUAAUGCUACGAUGAAUCACCAAUGUUAAAUUAUCAAAUGUUAAGGCCUGCUAGCGGUACUACCCAUACUAAUAGACAGCUUCGAUUGGCUGUUAAUUGGUGUAAUAUUUUUCAACGCAUUCUUGUGUUUUCUUUUCUAUAUGAUGAACGCAAAAGGGAGGAAAAUUAAAUUACAAUUUAGAACUGUAAUUGACCCUCUUCUAUUGAAUAUUUUAAUCUUAAUUUGCUUUAAAUGUUUUACGAUUUACGUUUAUACUUGAUACGUUCGAAUGGUGCUGUGUCGGCAUAAUUUUGAAGAAGAAAUGAAUAACAAUUAAAAUCACAGCACUAAACUAGCAUGAUAUUGGCUUAAUAUUUGUUCUAUAAAAGCACUAAAUGCAUUCGUAAAGUAUACUUGCCGUAAAGCUCAUUGAGGCUUGUAUGCAUUAUAUCAACUUUAUAUACGUAUAUAGAGCUGCCAAUAAUGCUACUCUGUGUUUGUGCUUUUAUGCCGUUACGAUGCUAAUGUAUUGCUUGAUUGCAUUUUAAAUGCAAUGUUUAUGGUCACUUGGGUUCAGUUUCAACGACCUAGUCACCGCGACCUAGAAGAAAGUUGAACAGAAUAAGAGCAAAGCGAUAUUGGUGCUGUUGGCAGUUGUUGUGGGCGUGGCAGAAAAACGGCGAAACUAAGCGAAGCACAACCUGGUUUCUAUCUGAAUUCUGCCAGAUAUGCAGCAUUUUAUCGGACUUUUUGCUCGAUUCCUGGAACAAAAAACCGAAAUAUCCGGAAGAUAUUGUAACGGUUUUAGGACGGUUCCUGUUAAAAUUCAGGUGUGGUUUUGUUCAAUUCCUGUCAAAAUUUUGCCAGGGCAUGCGGAGGAAAUUGAUUUCACCCGAGUUUGACUGACAGAAAUCUGACAGGUCGGUUUCUGCCGGAAUUUUCAACUACCCAGUAGAGCCAAUCGGAAUAUGAGACGGAAUUUCAGCUGGCUUCUUUCAGAGUUCCGGCUCCAGGACACAACCGAUUCUACUUACAAUCGGUUGUGUCAUUCGAGUUAUAUGCGAAGCAUCUCUGAUACAAUUGGAUUUAAAAGCCCGACCUUUGUCAGUCAGAACUCCGUGACAAAGAAUUCUUUCCGAUUAAUGCUCAGCUCAAAUGAAAUAUUCGAUUCCGGCUGAACGUAAUUCUAAACCGGUUGUGCCCGAAUACACUGUGGCGAAAUUAAAUCGAGACCCAGCUACCCUCCGGCAGGUGCCAGCUCCUGCAGAAGUGUAGCUGUGGUGCUAGUGUACAACCGGAAUUUAUUUCGAUUCCAGUUGGACUUUUUCGGUUGAUCGUUUUCCAUCUAGAUUUGAGUGAAAACGUUCCGUAAAUCGAAAAAUAAACUGAACCGGUUACGCUUGUAUACGCAAGGAAGAAUUAUGGCGAAAUUCAAUCGAGAUCUACAUUUCAGUUCGAACAGCCGAAGAUAUAAUUGGCUAGGCAAACAUCAGCCCCGACAGCCUGACAAUUGUUUAAGUGGGGCGCAGUUUUAUUCACCAUCCUAGACUGUGAAAUGGCGGGUAGAAAAAUGUUCGAGUAAAUUUAAUGUCAAAACGGGUAAAUGAUGAACUGGAUUAUUUUCGACUCGGAAGAAAAUUUAAAUGGGCAUUCGAUAUGGGAAUUACCGUCGAUUCCUCUGGGGUGAAGAGACCAUUCUGUAUCUAGGGUAGAUUUUAGAAAUGACGUAUGUGCUUUCGAAUAUUUUUUUUAUAAAAAAAAAUUUGUUGGUCCAACUAUCUGAGAAUGAAUUGAAUGUCAUCAUAAAUCUUAUCUAAGAAAAAACACAGGGAAAAAACUGUACUUUAAAAAUUCAAAAUAAUAAACUUGAAAAUUUAAUUAAAUAAGUAGCUUUAAAACUAGCUCGUUUUCAGACACUUGGGUAGAAAAACAUGGAUUGGUAAUAUCCGGGAUAUAAUCGGUGAACUUCGAAAAAGCGAACCGUCAUGAUGCAAAAUAAGGUCGAUUGACAAAAGCAGAGCUUAAAAAAGUUGACAUCCCUGUGUGAACUUGAAAAAGAAACGAAAUUCAAUUCAUGCCCGCCGCGAUGAAUGAAAUGUUUGGUUCGUUUCCCCCGUCAUUCGUUCUCCCUACACAGUGCACCUUCUGGUUCGAAUGUGUUCGGUUUCAGAAGCAAACUGAAUUUUGUUGCUAUGCUUGCUCUGAGAGAGAUUAUUGAUCAGAAGUGCACCAGAUAUUGAUUACGCAGUUCAAUUAUGCUCGAAAAUAUAGAGGAUGCCAACUUCUGCCAACUGUCCACAUCAUAACAAAUGAAUGCUUUGGUUGCUGAAGGAAUUUAUAUUUCCUCUACACUCAAGCAUUCGAUUCUGCAGGAAAUUUCAGACAGUUAGAAAGUUAAUGAAUGAGAGAGGCGGUGAAUUUGAAUGUUGGUUUCGGUAAAUACAAGCAGAAAUAGGUAGCUGAUUUUGAAAUUUCGCAGCGCUGGACAAAAAUAACAUUCGUAACAGUACGGGCGACGAAAAUCCAUCGUACCGCACCGUCUUACCGUGCAUCCACAUGCUGCUCAUUCGACUUGCGAACGACGAAUGAAGCACAAAAACACUGAAAGGACUUAAAUAACGUCCCAAUAUUCCAUUAGGUCUCUUAGGUGCUCCAUAUUUACAGCGCUGUCUGAUAUGGACUGGAGAAUUUCGGUUUUCCGCGAAUUAGUUUUCAAAAGUCAUACAUGCAUCAAAAUUAGUGUAAAGAAGCUCUCAUAUUAGUUUAGCACGUGAAGGUGUUAAUAGUUUCAUUUUAAUAAACUAAUCACUUCACACUCUAAAUUAAUCAGAACUGAACGAUACAUUUGUGGUUCUUCUCUAUUUUAUUUAUAUUUUUUAAUUUGUUUCCAUUCAAAUUUGGGAAGUCUCAAUGUUUGCUAUAAAGCUGUCUCUAGUGCUAUGGCAAAAAUAUCGUUCCGUUGGAUGUUCAGCUGUCUAGUUUUAAUGGCUUUCAGAACGUAAACCACUUCCGCAUAAGUUGUUCCAUCAUCACUUUUUUGUACAAUUUUCUACACUGGUUUAAUAUUUUUUUUAAUUGUAGUAUGUUUUGUUACAAUUCGAUUAAUACAAAAUAAUAGUACACCGUAUCUUCUAGAAUUAAGAAGAUAUUCUAAAUUCCUUGAACUGUUACCCUAAUUGUUUUUUAACGAAUCGCUAAAUGUAAAACGUUUGUUGAACUUAUCACUGCUGAUGGAGACACACGAAUAACUUACGAAAAAGCGUACCUCCACGAAUGAUUUGAAUAAAAUAAGAUAAAUUAUAUCUGAAGAACGGUCAAAUUCUUUGAAGUUUAUCGCUAUUAACAUUUUGAUUCGAAAUAACUUCUAUUACUGUUAUUUUAUUGAAAUUAAAUGUUUUUAACAAGAAUGAUUCAUAAAUAUAUCCUCGAAAUUAAUUCUUAUAAUUUCUACAUAACGAAACCUUUUAUAAAUGUUGCUAAUUUAUUGAAGUUUUUAGCCAAAAAGUACCGAAAAAUUUCCUUGUAGAUUGAACAAUAAUUUUUUACGCUCUUUUAAAAAAGGCGGUACUAGUUUGAACAUAUUCUCUAGAAGUUUAUUUGAUGAUCUAAAACACAAAUAUAUUUUUUGUAAAGCCAAUUCGUUUCGACCAAUAUUUUUUUUAAAUCUGUAAGCGAAAACACAUACUCCAUUUCCAAAAAAUGCUCUUGAUGCCUGAUCUUCUACGUACUACGCACAGAAAAAGUUGCAUCUGAUUUGAAAAUGUUCGGGCACAAACCGACUCACCCACUGAGAAACCCAUAAACAUGUCUCAAAGCAACCCUACACCGGUCCAAUCCCAAGUAACAAUUGACUUAUCCAGCUGCGUUGAUAUUUUGCCGUUUUGACGUUUAAAUUGGGAGGAAAACAAGUCGUUUACACGGAGAAUUAGGAGGAAAACAAACCGCUUCUGGGCUUAAGUAGUAUAAAAAUGCAAGAUCUCAGUGUGCGAAUUUUAAACGUCAGAUAUCUCAAUUGAAGUUUUAUAGCACGCUACAAGUGCAAUCUAAGUUUUAUCGGUGGCUAUAAAACUACCAUAAAACCUCACUUGUUACCUGGGGAAUAAUAAACCUUAGUCGGACGCCGUCCAACGAAGAAACCGAUUUUGAAACAUCAUUUUCUAAUAAGAUACGAUCGAAACUCGAAUAAGAACCGAGUGGCGGCAGUCGGACAAUUAUUAAAGUGGGUCGCAGCUCUAAUCGCCAUUCCGGACUCUGAAAUGGCGGAUGAAAGCGCAGGGUUUUUUUUUCGAGGCAACCCGCCAUAACUCUGCAGUGAUCGUGGGGUAAUAGUUUUUUAAUUGUUAGGAAAUUUCAUCGAUUCUUAGAAAAUGGAGGUCUUCUGAUGAAAAAAGAAAAGAAAGCAUUUCACGAGUAAGGUGAGCCGCAUGCACUGUGAAUCUGAAUAACCGCUAGGAAAUCUGAGAAGAUAUUAGUUUUUAGAGACAGAGAAGCGCUUCCCCACCUAUUUGGAUACGCAUUUCUAAACUUGCAACCCUGAGUCUUUCGAAAAGGUAACAAGUAAAUUUAUAGGAUUAUUAAAUUAAGUGUCUGAUGUGAUGAUUUGUUGAUUGUUCAAACUGACGUUUAGGAUCGAUUUGUGCAAAUUUACGUUUAAUGACGUUUAAACACGUAACAUUCCCCAUUUUCAGGGCGCUUCUCUGUCUCUGUACACCAAAGUCCGUUUCGCAGGUUUCCAUUACCAACUGUUAAAACUAAACUAGCAGGCAUUCCCAGGCACUUUAGAUUCCCCUAAGUUCUGAUAUUACUCCUCACAAACAAUUUCGGUCAUGUUUUGCAAUAUAAACGCGCGUAAACGCUUACAAAAGCAAGCUACCACAGGGUCAUAGAACAACAAAAUAAAACAAAUCAAAGUCAUUAAGGAAUCAAAAACGGAUGGACCCGUGUGUCGAUACCCGCAAAUUGAUUGAUUUACGCUGUCGACAUUAGGUGUAGACUUUUUGCAUAUACAUAUAUAUAACACGUAAAACAAUGGUACAUGGUACAAGCUAAUUCGCGGGUGGACGAGGGGCGACCGUAUGUUAGUCACGACAGCCCCCACCCUCCGCCCCUCACCGUAUUCAUGCAGAGUUAAUUGCACAAAAGUAGUAGAGAACCAAUUUCCGAACACCGUUUGCGGGAAGCAGGACGCAGUCAGCGCUAAAUAGUGAGAAACAUUGCUCAACAGUUACAUUUCAGGUUUACCAAAAAAAAAAAGAAUUAGUGCGCCAGUUUUUCGAUAGUUUGUUAAUCGGUUGUGUUUGGAUAAGCGCGAGUAAACGGUGUCACAAUUUUUUCGAGUAGCAUUUGCAUCCAGAGUCAGAGUCAGUAAACAAGUGGAAAAAAAAACAAACAAACAAAUAACCUCCAUCUGCAAUAAAAAUCGAUAUUGCAGAUUACGGGCGGCAUGUUAGGAAUUAAUAUGGAGUCAAAUGUUGCGACCGGAAAAAAGGGUCAACAGAUAGGGAACGUUAUACAGUUGUAAUAAUUUAUUCAUUAUUUAUAGUUACACGAGUAAUUCGACUCUAGACAAACAAAAGUGUUUCGUUUCGCAAAAAAUAGCCGUUCGUUUACAUUUGCAAAAGCGGAAAGUGAAAGUUACAAGGUUUGACUUUAAGUUUAGCAGCUGAAUAACACAAGCAAAAUGCGUAAAGGUAAUAUAUUUAUAUUUAUAAACAAAGGUGAAAAAAUAUGAAAAAGCAAAUAUUUAUAAAUAUAGACAAAUAUUUACUACAAACUGAGCUGAGGUAAACAAAAUCAAAGAAGAAACAUAGAACUUUUGGCGUAAAACAAAACAAAAAACAACAAAAAAACAAUGUUUGUAAAUAGUCGAAGUAAGGACACACAGUGAAGUAGUAAAGCUAGCUAAAUCUAUAUAUAAAAUAUGAAAUACAUUCUACUGCCGCCAGAGUAAGCGAAACUAAAUACAAAAAAAAAACAAACAGCGGAACCAUUCCCAUUGUUGCUGACCGUAUAUAAACAGAAACGAAACCAGUCACGAAAAGGCCAGAUAAGACGAAAUAAAGGAAGGCAUUUACAGAGCUACAUACUCAACCUUAGACAUAACUUGACACGCUCACGCAAGCAUUCAGUCGUUAAGGAUUAACAUGUAAAAAAAAAAUACAAGAUGUAGGUGUAAAGCAGACAACCUGAUUAUUUUUACUAACAACGUGCAAUAUGAUAUAAUUACCAAUUUUAGCUUCAUUUUAAAAAGCGACAGCAUUGUGUUACACGUAAUUGUUAAGUUUGUUUAAGUUUUUUUUUUCUAUAGUUGUUCAAAAAGACACAACACUCUUAAUUUCCCUUAACUUAUUGUCAAAACGAAACAUGAGAAACCUAACUUUGUGUGAAUACUACCUCAUUUAAACGGCUGUCAGAACGUGCUAUUGUAAAUAAUUAUAUUCCUAUUAGGUUUAUGCAAUGUUUGUUUUUCGUUUGUUUAUCAACUUCGUGUCAAAGAUUUUAUUUUCUUUGAUUUUCUUUUGAAUGUUAGGAGUUUGUUAUCGUGUAUAGUCCUGCCACCACCUGCCCUCACAGAAAAAAAAGAGAACCCGAAACCCCCAAAACACCCUCAAACACUCACUCUCACCAACACACACACAAACAAUCCGGAGCUGUUGUUGUAGAGUAGUAGAAUAAUAGUAUUAGAAUCGCCAUCACUAUCGGGGUGGCGUGUGCAUAGAGCUUGGCAGUAUAAUGUAUUUCAUUGCCACACACAACACUGAAACAACACACACACCUGUGACAAAUGAGAAAGAGAGAGAAAGGAAACAUGAGUACACUCCGCCAGUCGGUAAAGAAGUGUGAAGUGAACACACAAAUACACACACAGUCGCACCGAUAACAGCAAGUCAUAUGGUAGCAGGCAGCGAGGGAGGAAUUUGGUUCCCAAAACUGCUUUCAAUAAAAAAUGUAUGCGUGUGUGUGUUAUUAGCGGUCAUUUAAAUUUUAAGCAAAUUUCUCAAACUGAUCGAAGUAGCCAUGAAUGGGUUCGUCACUAUUGAGAUUUUUUGACACCGGUGUGGUGAAGUGCACUGGAACUGCACCAUUUUUGCACAUUCUAGCAGAAGUGCAGAAAACUGAGUAUGUUCCAUUGACACUUCUGCUAGAAAGUGCAAAACCAGUGCACUCCACUACACCGGUGCACAUCAAUCGAAAAUCCCAUAUGUGAACGUAUUAAGCCCAAUUCAGAGAUACACCAGCCACCUUUAAGGUUCAAGUUACCUUUUUUAAGCAUGUGUUAGAAUUGAACGCUUGGUAGUGUGCGCAGGAAAAUUUGUGUUCAGCUUUCCCACCGGAUUAUCCAUUUAAACCUUUUUAAAACUCUAAAAGAAGAAUAUCAGUCGAUUUAUUAGAUCAUCACGAUUCAAUUCAUGCAAAAUACCUGCUGGAAAAACCAUCGGCUUAGCUAAAUGGUGCUUUUGAAAAAGUGGCUGUGGUUUUUUCAUUGCGCAGUUGUGUUGCGUACCCCAGCUCGGUGUGGUAGUGUGAUAAAAAAUCACAGCCACUUUUUCAAAAGCACCAUCCAGCUAAGCCGAUGGUUUUUCCAGCAGGUAUUUUGCAUGAAUUGAAUCGUGAUGACCUAAUAAAUCGACUGAUAUUCUUCUUUUAGAGUUUUGAAAAGGUUUAAAUGGAUAAUCUGGUGGCAAAGCUGAACACAAUUUUUCUUACGCAUACUACCAAGCCUUGAGGUAACUUGAGCCUUAAUGGCAAAGUAUGUCAAUUACCGUUCCGUCAUAUUACUGUUCCGUCAGGAUAAGUUGUAUGCAAGACGGAUACAGGUGGGCACAUUUUUUUUCUAUGUAUGAUGGAGAUUGUCAUUUUUCUUCGAUGAAGUUAAUAGAAUAGGAGGAUACGAAGAAUAAAAGCAUAAACAAAUAACGUAGUGGGCUUUUCUGUUAAUAUCGAUAGUUUCGAGAUGAAAAGUGUCCCUAAGUGUACGAAUAGGAAGAUCCGAGGUGAAGUUUGGCCUUUCCUCUCUUUUCAUCGCCAAAGAAUCUGGAUGCUCGUCCGGAUGUUUAUGUUUACUUUCAGGGGCCCGGCGGCCAUGCUUAAUUUUACAAGUACAAAACUAAUACACUCAAACAUGCCAAAUGUUCCCACCCUUCUUUCUCUUUAUCUUCAGUUGAAUGCUGUUCUCGUGUACCCAUUCACACGUUGCGUGCGUCAAAAACGUUACGUGGCGUUGAUGUUGUGCAAACUUCCAAUGAACAUCGACAAGUUUGCACUUGUGUAUAAAAUUUCGUGCACACGUUCAACCUCAAACAAAUUUUGUCUCGAUGUACAGGUUCGCCACGUAUAUCGAACCCAAGCGAACGAUGUACAAACUCUAAUUUAAGCACUCGUCUACGUACACCAGGUGCGUACACGGGAACGAUUCGCACAAGACAAAAAGAGUCCACGCUAGUGAUGAUGAGAGUGAGAAAGAGAAAACUGGUGCAACGAACCUAUGUUUACACACACCGUGUAGGUACAUGGGGUUCGGUUGUGCAGGCGGACAUGUGCACGUGUUUCGGUACGAAAUAGCGCGUUGGAGUUCGUACACGAAGUGUGGGUUCAAUAUGAGCACAGAACCAGAGCAAAUAUUUUGUACGAUGUUCAUGUGGGAAAACUGAUUUUGUGUAUGAAUACAUUCAUUCAACUGCAUGUAACUAAUUUUGACGUUCCGUUGACGUGCUGUACCGGUGACGGAAGCCUAAUGUAAAUCGUACUUCAAUCUACAAAGCAGCGAACUCGUUACGGUGCUGCCGUCCAAUACAAAUUCAAAUAACUUUCUUACUGUGUUAAAUGUGUUGGGAGUGUCGUUAUGAGUUCAUUUCAAAGCUCAACUAUUCAUUGUUCUGAUUUUUAACGCAAUAAAACGUGCAAUAACACCAAUUCUCGACAAACAUGAUUACGGUUUAAAAGCCAACUGUCAAAGUUCUCUUUGAAAGGACAUUCCGGACAAACCGUUACUGGCUAAACACAGUUCAUAGCAGUCAAUGAAAAAGAUUUUUUUUCUCUUUUGUUUCAAUUUGGACAGCUGGCUUUUAAGCCGUAAUCAUAUGUUUGUCGAGAAUUAUUAUUACUCUAUCGAAACUAUUGACCUAUUUCAGGACAGAAUGAUUCUGGAAGAGUAUAUGAAGGGUGUUACUAUCAAACGUUGGUCAAACAAUGGAAAUUGGUCAAACUUUCUAUUCAAAAAUUAGAUCAUGUUUCUUUUAAAAAUUCAAUUCAUACAGUAUAAAGAAAAAAAUUUCACUCAAGCUUGCUUUUUAGCGAAUGCUAAUUUCCGGGCCUUUUGUUUGACUCCUAUCAAAUUUUGUACAGCUUGAUACUUGGUCACUUUUCUCGCCGCUGAACGCCAGUUUGCCUCGAGCUGCAUCUCGCUGACAAACAGUCUUACGCGUCUUCUUGAGGUUUCGCUUGACGAGGUUUCCCAAUAGCUUUCUACCGGGCGUAGUUCCCACGUGUUAGAAGGGUUCAUGUCCUAUUACUUCAUUGAAUUUUUUCCAUAAUGGCAAAAUUCCAAAUACAGACCAAAACAGAACGGGACUUUUUCAGGCAAUGUCGCUCGCUUCAAGUCACAGCAACAGAUACCCUGCCACACGAGAUAUUUUUUUUCGCUAACUUCGACAAUGUAAUGUGUUUGAAAAUCUGUCACCUUUUUUUCUACCAGUCCACGAAUAAUAUUCCUGUCCAGGAAGCUGAUUAGUCUGCCUUGACGUAGGUUUUUCGUCGCCCUUUACCACGCAAUCAAACUUCGUCAGCAUUUUCAUGAGCAGAUUCCGCGAUCGUUCUCUGGUCGACUUGUUUUACUUAUUUGGAGACACCACAUUCUUGUAAUUCAACAGUACGGCUCGUUUUUUUAAGCUCGAUGCACGGUUGUACACGACACUUUCAGCUUGCUUGCGACAUCUCGGACGGAGAGAUUGGCAUUUCGCUUGAAAGAGUUGGCCAUUCUUUUCAUAGUUUUUGCGGCAUCUGGCUUUCCGAUUUCCCUCCGAUCUAACCUUCCCAGCUGUCGAAAAACUUGUUCCGAAUAUUUUUAUAACAUUGGUGACAUUCGCUAACUUGUUAGUUUGGAUUUUCGCGAUGCGCGAGCAAAAUUUUGCUCCUCUAGCUUCGAUGUGAUUUACACAACUGCCAUGUCAAAAUCAAAUAGUAGGUAAAAUACUGCACACGUACAGCUUUAAAAUGAUGGGUGCGCCGGUUUUCUAAUGCACGAUAAAUAUCCGUCAAGUUGAAGUUGACCAAUUUUUGAUCGUAACACCCUUUACAGUAAGGAACAAAAAAUCCUUUCAUGGAACCGAAAAUCCAACCAGCUCUUGUUAUAUAUGUUACAUCUUAUAUCGAUCCACAAGCAGCCAAAAAUUAACAUGAGAAACACUGGUAUUAUUCAUCGUUUGGACAAAUAGAGCGACUGGGGCAAGUUGAUACGAAAACAAUAGUCUUGAAGUUGACGAUAAGUUAUUGUACUUUUUGUUCGGUCUAUUUUUUGGUUUCAACUAGACGCCAUCUAUCACACACUCCAAAUUCACGCUUGUCACUGAAGAAUACUUGAAAAAUACUCUCUGUUGAAGAUUAUCUCUUGAUCACGGCUAGAUCAAUAAAAAGAUUUCUCGUCAUCAAUUUUUUAACCAAUCAUAUCCCGAUAGUUUCCGAUCCAGUCACGUGGAUGUUGUAAUAUUUGCCUUACGGAAUGUGAAUUUAUGAACAUCUAAUUAAAUCACCAUGUGAUACCAGAUAUUGAAAACUUAAACGUUUGACGGGAUAGGAGUCGCGUAUUUAAUGGUCUGGAGGUGACAUUCUAUCAAGAAAUAGGUCAAUACUUUCGAUAGAGUAAUAAUAAUUACAAAUGUUGGUUGGUUUAAUAAAACAAUCGCUGAGCGAAAAGUCGAAUGUAUGACAUGUCAAAUCUACAGUGGAAAUCUUUCAGUGAAUGACAGCAAAUCAGAAGAAAAUAAUUGCGCAGACUGCCAGUAAGUUAGAAUUGAACAGAAAUUGAAUGUUGAUAUAAAGACUUCAGCAUGGAGCAACCCUUAGCUAACCAGUAAGCAUUAGUGUAUGCAGUAAAGUAGCAUAUAAUCUGCAUUUCAGAUGCUGCUUGCAGUAUAUUAGCUACCGGUCGAGUUGAUUUCUGUACGUAGCGAUUCCAAGACACUUUGAAAAUGUCUAGAAACUCUUUUCAAAUCUGGAGAUGGAGUUGCGGAAAAAUUAUGAGAAUAGAGCAGAUUUAAUGGCAGGAUUUAUUGGCUUAAAACGAGCGUUUGAAAACAAUUGAUUGCCGUAAACUGAUUUGUGUAUUUGGAAGAGAAAGGAAAAGCUCUUAAGUGAUUUCGCAGUUACUUUGGCAUUUGCAGUGCACGUCUGCAAGGUACAAGAUACAACAGCUCUACAACAUCGGAAACCGAAAUAGUGUUCCACAGGGAAGUGCACUAGAACCACCAUUGUUUAUCCUCUACAUUAACGACAAGAGAAAAAUCUAGGAUAAUGCAGAAGUAACCCUAUUUGCCGAUGACACAGUUCUGUUUAUCAACGGUGAUAGUUUAGAUCAGGCAAAUGAGCCUCGAACUAACAAAGUUUAGUGAUUUGUUGAAGUGGAAACAAACUCAAACUGAACAUGAAAUGAAAGUACUGAGCAUCCGAAUAAACAGCGUAAGCAAAUGCCUCAAAAACCUCCAAAACAAGGCAAUGCAACUGCUACUACAAUGUGACAAACUAACUCCGUGAAAUUUAUUGCUGUAUCAAUUUACCCCAAAACAGGGUGCACCACCAAAGACCAUAAGCAUUAAUCCAUUGCACUAUAUUGGCUAUACAUUUGCACUAGUGUUGCAUUGAAACUCCAUUACAGCAUUAACAAUGCAAUAAAGCUCUAUAUCAGCAUCAAUAAUGCAUAAAUGAGCAACCGAAAUAUAGCAUUAUUGCUUGCUUUAUAUGCGUAUAUAAAGCUGAUAUAAUGCGUACAUGCUUCACGGAUCUUUAAAGCAUGUAAGUUUUAUAUGUGCAUUUGGUGCCAGUAUAGAGCAAGUAGAAAGCGGAUAUUGUGCUAUUGUAAUGCCAAUGUACCAAUAUUAGGCGCUGAUGCUAUAUAAUAGCAUUAAUACUGCAAAAACGAGCUCUCGCAUUAAUAGCACUAUAUUUCGCCUUUUCUGGGGCAUAAUACCUGCGUUAUAUCAGUAUUUGGGGCUUCACGGCUCUUUAAGACUGCCCUAUAUGUGGAUCUAAAGCUAAUAAUAGGCUACGUUUUAAUGCUUAUAUGUUACUUGGGAACUAAUUUAACCCAUGGUUACACCACUGGGUUAGGCGUUUCGGUCAACGGUCUGCCAUUCAAAAUAGAAAUGGUGCAAUGGUCUGCAGCCCUGAGGAAACAAAUAGUGUAUCCUCAUAUGUAUACGUAUAUACAUAUGACCGGCUCGGCAGCAUCAGCUUUCGACUGGCCUUUGGAGGGGACGCCACUGAUUUUUUUUUGGGUAACGGAAGGUGUUAGCAAGGAAUCAGCAGUCCUGCAGGAUAUUUGUGAAGCAGUGGCCUUUGGAUUUAUAAGAAAGAAGGAUAGGAAAUUAAAAUUGAAGGGAUUUCCCAUGAUAGAGAAACCAUGGAGCACGGAAACCUUACACGUAACAAAAGAUUGGCCAUCCGAAUAGCAACGUCAAUAGCAAUCGAAUGGUUCAUUAUUUAAACACUAGCUACGAUACUUAUUUGAGUUAAUCGACACCACAUAUAGCUCAGUUUGUUGAAGAAACAAUAGUUUGAGCAAAAACGAGCACUGUAUAAACUUGCCCCAAAACUGAGUAUACUAAUUAGGGCCUCUAGUACCGACCCUUUUUGGCUAGAAUCGAUACUGCAGUACUGAAGCUCUGAGUAACAGUAGGGUCGGUAAAAUAGGAUACUCGAUUUUUUUUUUCAAGCAAGAAAUAAUUUUAUUUUUUUACUCUUGAAUUUUUAACACCUAAGCUGAGAAACACCGUCAUUUUAAUGGGUCACUAGCUUUGGAACAGCAUUUUUACAAUUUAUCAGUGAUUUUUUGAUAAUGCGGAACCAUCUUUGAUGUCGAGCUCUUCUGAAACCAAUUACUUCUGGGGCGCACGACUUUCUCUAGCCUCAAUAAUUGGCACAUGCGAGUAAACCUAUUUUCAGCAGUAAAUCAACGCGUAGAAACCGAGCGAAUAGUUCGCCUUUACUCUCGACACCCAUACACAAUUCACUUCAGAGCGACCAGUACGAUUCUUAUUGAUUUCUGAUGCCUUCCUCGACUACCAAUAGCGAAACCGAUUUAUGAGCUGCUAAGUCGGUGAUCGUUUUUUAUAGAUAAACCAUUUAACAGUAAACCGAAUCGAGACGUGCCCUAGACCACAACCUAAUUAUGUCGGUACACAGCACAUAAUGGGCACCAAUUCGAAAGUUUUUGGAAAAGGUCUUAGACUAAAUUCCAAAGUGUACAUUUGAAAAUUUGAAAACAAAGUCUCAUAUUUAAUUUUAUUUAUAAACUGUCUAUUCUGCCGUUUUUUUAGCAAAACUACAGCUAGGAAGAUCAGACUAAAGCUUGAUUUCUUCACGAGCGUAAUUUUUUUCGAUAAAUUGUUUAAAUUUCGGUAAGCAUUCACUAAUAUAAACAUCCAGAUCGACUACUUUAACUUUGCUUGGACGGAUCAGAGGCAUCGAGACACCCUUCUCAGAAACGGCUACCCAUACCAAUACCUUCGGUUCGAAUUCCGAUUAGCCGGCAUAUUUAACAUCGGCUGGUUUUGUUUCAAUGUUAUCAGUGUAAUAACUAUCGUUUCCACCUAAUUUAUGGUGCGCGAGAAUGUAAAGUAUAAUUUAUCAUCCAAAAUGAGGAAUUUUUCAUUCACAAAGUGUUUACGGUGAAGUGUACGGCGGCAAAUUAGUAUUUUUUCGGGGUGUUUCGCUGUAAAUUUUGGUACUUGUUUACGUUUAUGAUAAAUGACGUUGUUUUGCUUCAAAAUACAGGAAAUAACUCAGCUUAAAAUGCCAAAUGUUCAUGCCAAUUUGCGUGUUGAUUGUCCCACCUUGUUUUUGGCACUUGGCAGCCCAUUUUUCUUUGUUCUGAAACUUGGUUUUUAUUCACAACUGCAUUUUUGUUAUUUUCCGGUGUUGGUGAAAAUAGUUGCACGUGAAAUUGGCUGAGCCUUGAACGCUUCAAGAAUUUCUUGGGGGACGGGCAUAGCAUAGUUGGUAACUCGAUUGCCUUGUACGCAGCUCACCUGGGUUCGAAUCCCAACCCCGCACAUAGGGUUAGAGAUUUUUCUAACUCGAAAAGGCGAAUGACCUUAAGGUUAAAACCUCUAUAAUCGAAAUAAAAAAAGAAUUUCUUUUGUGCUGAGUCCUCCAAAAAGGCCGGCGACAGAUUUACGUACAUCCCGCUUGUACGUUUUAUUAAAAACUGCGCAAUUUUAGGUUAACCGUGCAGCAGAAGUACAGUUAAGUGUGACAAGUGCAUUGCUUGACGUUUUGUGCAGUAAAAUAAGCGACUGAAUUUAGUCUAAAACCUUUCCUAAAAGACUCUAUAAAUCAUUCCAAUCGGAUUGCAACUGCAUGGAACUAUAGUUAUAUCCACUUCAAUCCAGUUCAUGGUCCAGCAGCAAUCGCGUACAUUUCGACUGCUGAAGCGAACACAUGUUAAACGAAGCAAGACAAAACACGUACAUCUUCUCGUUGUUGUUGUUUAACUCACAGGCACAUCCUGCCGAACAAAACAAUUAAAUCUUCAAAAAAUGCCGCAAAGCUCAAUCAGUGAAGACGUUAAUUAAAGUAUGCUGCAGCGGAGGAGAGGAAAAACUUUUCCAACAGUAGUAAACGUUGGAGUGUCCAUCUCGAUAGGAAUAGAGCUUUCCAAUGGAGGACUUUGCUUAUUUUCAUAUAAAGUCUUUUUCUUUCCCAUGAUCAACAUACGAGUGAGAUUUUCUAAUCCUUUCAACGAUUCUAUAGAAUUUUGUUUACAAUUAUAGUGAACUGAAAUUCGAUUUACUAGCCGCCCGCUCUUUUAUUAGUCUAUGUCAGUUUGAAUGCGCCGCGGCAAGCAGAAGGCGGAUUGCUUUCGUAUUCGACUUGCAGUCACUUUGCUAGUUCGAACCUUCUGAACAUUUUAAUGGCGAUUUCGCUUGAACCUAAAACUGAGUUAGGUUCUAACCCCAACCGCUGUCAGUUCAUACAUUUUGACAGCAGUUGGGGUUAGGAACUGACUCAGUUUCGCCUCAAACAAAAACCACAUAAGAUAUAAAUCGAAAGCUAUUGCAAAAUAAGAAAACUAGUUCUAUUACCGGUAAGCUAUUUCUAUUGGCGGUAAGCUUGGUCUUCUACAGUAGCGGUUAGAAACCCGAAUUAACAUUUUUUAAUUUUUACUGUGAAACAUAUCAGAAAUCAACCAAAAAUGUUUUUUGUAGUUUGUUUGUCCGACUGUGGCAAACUGAUUACCAUUCAGCACGGCGGUGAUGGCAGAAAGAAAAAUAAAUACAACUUUUCCCUCAAACAAUUAAUUCUGGGCAAAAUGCCGAAAAUGUGACGUAAAACGGUUUUAUUAUGAAUCGGACAGUUCGUAUUCAAUUUAUAACUAAUGAACUUCUAUUCUAUCAUACCAGUUAAAAUACGAAAUCAAAAUUGGUAACAAUUUACCAGGUAGAAGUUUUUGAUAGUUCAAACUGCUAGCUGUGUCAGCUGUUUUUGAACAGGUUUUUUUCAAAUGACCGCAGUAAACACAGUGAUUCACUAUCCGGCAAUCGCUGUCCUCGAAAUACGAAUGUAAACGAAGCUAAUAACACACACCCACACUCGUUGGCGCAAAAAAAACAAUGGGAACAAAACAGAGAGAGCGUAAAUUCAAAAUGGACGCCACUUAGGUAACAUAGAAGAUGAAAUACGAUUGAAGCGAUGAUGAUGAUGGUGCUAAACGGGAAAAAAUGAGAAACGCGAGCGGGAAUGUGACCACCAUUUGUCACAUGAAAAAUGCAAAUCUGUGUGAGUCGAAAUGCGGAACAAAGUACCCGCAGGAAAAAAAAUGUGUAAUAGUAAGCUAGGAAAUGGUUAUCAAAAAAAAGAAAACCCAUUCGAAGGAACCGUACGUGCAAUAUUGACUAGUUAUGAUAAUUUAUAAUGUGACAAACACACACUCACACAAAAUAGGGACAAGAUACUCCAGCUAAGCGGGAAAGAGGAUUAUCCCACUAGUUGCAAUGAAUGAUUGUAAAACAAACAAACAGAAAAAAAAACAAACAAACACACAGGUGGAACGUCAUUUAUGUUACCCUCCAGUCCCAAGAAAAAAAAGAUAGGAAAUAACGUAUACCACACACUGGUUACGAGAGAAGAGAAAGAAAAACAAACAAUGUGAAACCCUUACAUACUAAUAGAAUGAUGAAAAGCGAGAGCUGCUAAACCAGAAAAUUAAUUGAAAGAUUAAGCAAAAAUAAACGUGGAAAAAAAUGAAAAA